AUGUUCAGUGGUAAAAGGUUUCUACAAACCGCUGCCAAAGAGGUUUCGAAGCAAGCCACGAAGGCUUCUGCUGCUACUAUCACUGAGGAAAACCCAUCUGUUGUAGCCGAGCAACUCGACCCGAGGAUUGCCGUCAUUCCAAAAGGAAGCUUUUCGCAGGCACCAAAUAGAAGUUCUACAUGGUCGAAAUCUCAAAGAUCCAGAGAAGAAGUGUACAAAAAUGACUUCAGAUUCGUUGGAAUGGAUCUUUCCAAGCAGCCUUUUGGAGAGGCUGCUAUUGAGUUGACUGCUCAACAACCUAUUCACUACAUCAAGUCUCGCAUUGCCGUUUGUAACGGUACUGACAGAAUGCAGGGACACCCUAAAGUGUAUAUCAACCUGGAUAAGGAUAUGGUCGCACACUGUGGAUACUGCGGUGCUAAGUACGCGCGAGAGGACUUGAAGGGGAAGCUAUAA